AUGGGUUGUGUGUUUGGCCGAGAGGCAACUUCAUCCUCUGAACCUAAAGUCGCAAAGAGCUCCAAAACAGCAGAAACCGUGCAAGUGAGUAAGAGCAACGGUGCUGUUGUGGAGGUAGAGAAGAAAAAACAUGAGGAGGAAGAAAACAACAGUGGGAAACCAAAAGGAGAUCGGAGAAAGUCAAAGCCUAACCCAAGGUUGAGUAAUCCCUCUAAGCAUUGGCGUGGCGAGCAGGUCGCUGCUGGUUGGCCUUCUUGGCUUUCUGAUGCUUGUGGUGAGGCCCUUAAUGGCUGGAUUCCAAGAAAAGCUGACACUUUUGAGAAAAUCGACAAGAUUGGACAAGGAACGUACAGUAAUGUCUACAAAGCAAAGGAUAUGCUGACUGGUAAAAUCGUAGCCCUUAAAAAGGUUCGGUUUGAUAACUUAGAGCCAGAAAGCGUCAAGUUUAUGGCCAGAGAGAUUCUCGUAUUGCGGAGACUCGAUCAUCCUAAUGUUGUCAAGUUGGAAGGUUUGGUUACAUCGAGGAUGUCUUGUAGCUUAUACCUUGUAUUUCAAUACAUGGAUCAUGAUUUGGCUGGUCUUGCUUCAAGCCCUGUUGUUAAGUUCUCAGAAUCAGAGGUUAAAUGUUUGAUGCGUCAAUUGCUAUCGGGUAUGGAGCAUUGUCAUAAUCGUGGUGUGCUUCAUCGUGACAUCAAAGGAUCAAAUCUUCUUAUCGAUGAUGUUGGGGUCCUCAAAAUUGCUGAUUUUGGACUCGCAACAAUUUUUGAUCCUAAUCACAAGCGGCCGAUGACAAGUCGAGUGGUCACACUAUGGUAUAGAGCUCCAGAGCUUCUUCUUGGGGCUACUGAUUAUGGUGUAGGUAUUGAUCUUUGGAGUGCCGGCUGUAUUUUAGCUGAGUUAUUAGCGGGAAGACCUAUUAUGCCCGGUCGGACAGAGGUUGAGCAGCUCCAUAAGAUUUACAAGCUAUGUGGUUCACCAUCCGAGGAUUACUGGAAAAAGGGAAAAUUCACACAUGGAGCGAUAUACAAGCCCCGUGAACCAUACAAAAGAUGCAUAACAGAGACAUUUAAAGAUUUCCCACCAUCAUCUCUUCCACUCAUUGACACCCUUCUUUCAAUCGAGCCAGAAGACCGCCAAACUGCAACUGCUGCUUUAAAAAGUGAAUUCUUUACAAGUGAACCAUAUGCAUGUGAACCUGCUGAUCUGCCAAAGUAUCCUCCAAGCAAAGAAAUGGAUGCAAAGCGCCGUGAUGAAGAAACUCGAAGACAAAGAGCUGCUAAUAAAGCCCAAGGGGAUGGUGCAAGGAAGAAUCGGCACAGAGAUCGUUCAAAUAGAGCACUACCAGCUCCGGAAGCUAAUGCAGAAAUUCAGUCAAAUCUUGAUAGAAGGAGACUAAUCACACACGCAAACGCAAAAAGCAAGAGCGAGAAAUUCCCGCCACCACACCAAGAUGGUGGAGCUAUGGGAUUACCAUUGGGAGCCUCGCAGCACAUUGACCCGACAUUUGUCCCAGCAGACAUGGUCCCGUCCUUCACUUCCACUUCCUUCAAUUUUUCAAAAGACGAACCGCCGACACAAGUUCAGACCUGGUCAGGUCCACUGGGUCAUCCCAUUACCGGCAUUUCCAGAAGGAAGAAAGAUAAUACCAAAAGCAGCAAAGGAAAGAGAGCAGUGAUGGCCUGA